AUGAGCGACGAGCUCAAACUCAGCGACUACAGAGUGGCUCCGGGCUGCACCAUCCACAUGCAGAUUCGCCUCAUCUUCGCGGGGAAGCAAAUGAGCGACGAGCUCAAACUCAGCGACUACAGAGUGGCUCCGGGCUGCACCAUCCACAUGAUUCGCCUCAUCUUCGCGGGGAAGCAAAUGAGCGACGAGCUCAAACUCAGCGACUACAGAGUGGCUCCGGGCUGCACCAUCCACAUGAUUCGCCUCAUCUUCGCGGGGAAGCAAAUGAGCGACGAGCUCAAACUCAGCGACUACAGAGUGGCUCCGGGCUGCACCAUCCACAUGAUUCGCCUCAUCUUCGCGGGGAAGCAAAUGAGCGACGAGCUCAAACUCAGCGACUACAGAGUGGCUCCGGGCUGCACCAUCCACAUGAUUCGCCUCAUCUUCGCGGGGAAGCAAAUGAGCGACGAGCUCAAACUCAGCGACUACAGAGUGGCUCCGGGCUGCACCAUCCACAUGAUUCGCCUCAUCUUCGCGGGGAAGCAAAUGAGCGACGAGCUCAAACUCAGCGACUACAGAGUGGCUCCGGGCUGCACCAUCCACAUGAUUCGCCUCAUCUUCGCGGGGAAGCAAAUGAGCGACGAGCUCAAACUCAGCGACUACAGAGUGGCUCCGGGCUGCACCAUCCACAUGAUUCGCCUCAUCUUCGCGGGGAAGCAAAUGAGCGACGAGCUCAAACUCAGCGACUACAGAGUGGCUCCGGGCUGCACCAUCCACAUGAUUCGCCUCAUCUUCGCGGGGAAGCAAAUGAGCGACGAGCUCAAACUCAGCGACUACAGAGUGGCUCCGGGCUGCACCAUCCACAUGAUUCGCCUCAUCUUCGCGGGGAAGCAAAUGAGCGACGAGCUCAAACUCAGCGACUACAGAGUGGCUCCGGGCUGCACCAUCCACAUGAUUCGCCUCAUCUUCCCGGGGAAGCAAAUGAGCGACGAGCUCAAACUCAGCGACUACAGAGUGGCUCCGGGCUGCACCAUCCACAUGAUUCGCCUCAUCUUCGCGGGGAAGCAAAUGAGCGACGAGCUCAAACUCAGCGACUACAGAGUGGCUCCGGGCUGCACCAUCCACAUGAUUCGCCUCAUCUUCGCGGGGAAGCAAAUGAGCGACGAGCUCAAACUCAGCGACUACAGAGUGGCUCCGGGCUGCACCAUCCACAUGAUUCGCCUCAUCUUCGCGGGGAAGCAAAUGAGCGACGAGCUCAAACUCAGCGACUACAGAGUGGCUCCGGGCUGCACCAUCCACAUGAUUCGCCUCAUCUUCGCGGGGAAGCAAAUGAGCGACGAGCUCAAACUCAGCGACUACAGAGUGGCUCCGGGCUGCACCAUCCACAUGAUUCGCCUCAUCUUCGCGGGGAAGCAAAUGAGCGACGAGCUCAAACUCAGCGACUACAGAGUGGCUCCGGGCUGCACCAUCCACAUGAUUCGCCUCAUCUUCGCGGGGAAGCAAAUGAGCGACGAGCUCAAACUCAGCGACUACAGAGUGGCUCCGGGCUGCACCAUCCACAUGAUUCGCCUCAUCUUCGCGGGGAAGCAAAUGAGCGACGAGCUCAAACUCAGCGACUACAGAGUGGCUCCGGGCUGCACCAUCCACAUGAUUCGCCUCAUCUUCGCGGGGAAGCAAAUGAGCGACGAGCUCAAACUCAGCGACUACAAAGUGGCUCCGGGCUGCACCAUCCACAUGAUUCGCCUCAUCUUCGCGGGGAAGCAAAUGAGCGACGAGCUCAAACUCAGCGACUACAAAGUGGCUCCGGGCUGCACCAUCCACAUGAUUCGCCUCAUCUUCGCGGGGAAGCAAAUGAGCGACGAGCUCAAACUCAGCGACUACAGAGUGGCUCCGGGCUGCACCAUCCACAUGAUUCGCCUCAUCUUCGCGGGGAAGCAAAUGAGCGACGAGCUCAAACUCAGCGACUACAGAGUGGCUCCGGGCUGCACCAUCCACAUGAUUCGCCUCAUCUUCGCGGGGAAGCAAAUGAGCGACGAGCUCAAACUCAGCGACUACAGAGUGGCUCCGGGCUGCACCAUCCACAUGAUUCGCCUCAUCUUCGCGGGGAAGCAAAUGAGCGACGAGCUCAAACUCAGCGACUACAGAGUGGCUCCGGGCUGCACCAUCCACAUGAUUCGCCUCAUCUUCGCGGGGAAGCAAAUGAGCGACGAGCUCAAACUCAGCGACUACAGAGUGGCUCCGGGCUGCACCAUCCACAUGAUUCGCCUCAUCUUCGCGGGGAAGCAAAUGAGCGACGAGCUCAAACUCAGCGACUACAGAGUGGCUCCGGGCUGCACCAUCCACAUGAUUCGCCUCAUCUUCGCGGGGAAGCAAAUGAGCGACGAGCUCAAACUCAGCGACUACAGAGUGGCUCCGGGCUGCACCAUCCACAUGAUUCGCCUCAUCUUCGCGGGGAAGCAAAUGAGCGACGAGCUCAAACUCAGCGACUACAGAGUGGCUCCGGGCUGCACCAUCCACAUGAUUCGCCUCAUCUUCGCGGGGAAGCAAAUGAGCGACGAGCUCAAACUCAGCGACUACGGAGUGGCUCCGGGCUGCACCAUCCACAUGAUUCGCCUCAUCUUCGCGGGGAAGCAAAUGAGCGACGAGCUCAAACUCAGCGACUACAGAGUGGCUCCGGGCUGCACCAUCCACAUGAUUCGCCUCAUCUUCGCGGGGAAGCAAAUGAGCGACGAGCUCAAACUCAGCGACUACAGAGUGGCUCCGGGCUGCACCAUCCACAUGAUUCGCCUCAUCUUCGCGGGGAAGCAAAUGAGCGACGAGCUCAAACUCAGCGACUACAGAGUGGCUCCGGGCUGCACCAUCCACAUGAUUCGCCUCAUCUUCGCGGGGAAGCAAAUGAGCGACGAGCUCAAACUCAGCGACUACAGAGUGGCUCCGGGCUGCACCAUCCACAUGAUUCGCCUCAUCUUCGCGGGGAAGCAAAUGAGCGACGAGCUCAAACUCAGCGACUACAGAGUGGCUCCGGGCUGCACCAUCCACAUGAUUCGCCUCAUCUUCGCGGGGAAGCAAAUGAGCGACGAGCUCAAACUCAGCGACUACAGAGUGGCUCCGGGCUGCACCAUCCACAUGAUUCGCCUCAUCUUCGCGGGGAAGCAAAUGAGCGACGAGCUCAAACUCAGCGACUACAGAGUGGCUCCGGGCUGCACCAUCCACAUGAUUCGCCUCAUCUUCGCGGGGAAGCAAAUGAGCGACGAGCUCAAACUCAGCGACUACAGAGUGGCUCCGGGCUGCACCAUCCACAUGAUUCGCCUCAUCUUCGCGGGGAAGCAAAUGAGCGACGAGCUCAAACUCAGCGACUACAGAGUGGCUCCGGGCUGCACCAUCCACAUGAUUCGCCUCAUCUUCGCGGGGAAGCAAAUGAGCGACGAGCUCAAACUCAGCGACUACAGAGUGGCUCCGGGCUGCACCAUCCACAUGAUUCGCCUCAUCUUCGCGGGGAAGCAAAUGAGCGACGAGCUCAAACUCAGCGACUACAGAGUGGCUCCGGGCUGCACCAUCCACAUGGUGCUGCAGCUCCGCGGCGGCAGCUAG